AUGUGCAGCUCUUAAAAUGCUCCGACGAGAAGUAGUCGGUUUAAAUCGUGCUAGAUUUAAUCUAUAUCAGACAAAUAUUCUCUAAAAUGCGUUCGCGUCCAUGUCUUUCUCGUCUGUCGGUUAAUAUUUAGUCUACUUUGAGUUUAUUGGCAACCAUUCAUUCAGUGUCCGGGUAAUUUGUUUUACUUUGCUAGAAGAAUAAAUAUUUGUAGCUGUCUUUCAAGUACAAUUUCUCACUUUGAAAAGCUAGACUAGCCAUCCAAACGAGCAUCGAACCGAAGCCUUUCAGCAACGUUUCCCAUCGCUGGCAGCCAGCAACGCUGGAGACAUGACGAUAGAGAAGAAAGCCUCGCCCCUCAGUUACUGAACACGUUUAACUGUCUCGUCUGUGUCGAUCAUCCAUCUUGUUGAAAUGAAUUUCUUGCGUAAUCGUCUUGUUGUUCUGGGCCUGGUGUUGUUGGCCACGUUACUGCUGUACCUGCUGCUGCCAUCCAUUCGCCAGGGCAGCAUGGAACCGUCCCUUGAUGCUCAAAAAAUGGGGCUGAUGGCCACCCCUCCUCCUGCUCUUCCGACCAUCAAUGUGUCUAUUCGCACCGGACAGCUGCCCGGUGACCCUCCGCUGUUCUUCCGAGAGGCUUUGCCGGUGGAUGGAGCUGGACGGCAGAUACUGCCAAGGCUGCAAGUUGUCCUUCUGCAUGGUCAGGCCUUCACAUCCAAAACCUGGGAAGAACUUGGUACCAUGGCCCUACUGGCAACAAACGGAUAUCAGGCCUUAGCGAUGGACCUACCAGGCUAUGGAAAAUCACCAGACUCGGAAUCUCUGAAGACUGACCAGAGUCGAGUUGACCUCCUUUCGAGGUUUAUGGAGUCUUUGGGUGUGAGGGCAGCUGUGCUUUUGAGCCCAUCAAUGAGUGGACAUUACUCCCUCCCCUUUCUCAUGAAGAACAGUGCUCAGCUACAUGGCUUUAUUCCUGUAGCGCCAGUUGGCACCCGGAGUUACUCUCCACAGCAAUACCAAAAUAUUCAGACUCCCACUCUGAUUGUGUUUGGAGCCUUGGAUACAAAUCUGGGUGCCCAAUCCCACAAGAACCUCAUGCAACUUCCAAAUCACUUUGUGCUGAAGUUGGAAGGCGCGCGCCAUGCCUGCUACAUGGACAAACCCAGAGAAUUUCACCAAGGAUUGAUCGAAUUCCUCAGCAAACUGAAAUGAGUGGAGAAAUAGAAGGUAUAAAGAUGGGUUAAAAAAAAAAAAAAAAAGGAAACAGAAUACCUGGGUUGGGAUGGAAUAGUCAGUUUUGUUUUGAGUGCAUGACCUGAAGUAUAUCAGGCUCUGGUUGAAAUCUACACACUAAAGAAAUGUGCUUCAGUGCUUCCUUUAUUACCUUCUUUAGCAGAGGAUACACUGGACCAUACUUUAUGAAAGGGCAGGAGGUUAGGCCAAGCCACAGUUCAAAGCGACACAUCAUCCAACCUUUCAUGAAAACUGAGAAGUGAUGCAGGUUGUGUAAAUAAUUCAAUUUCAAUUCCAGUAGUUUCCAUGUCGUGCCACAACCUGCUGACAUGUUUUAAACCUUCAGUUACAGACUAUGAUGAACCCACAGGUGAACUAUGAACACUAGGCUGCUGUAAUAAAAUCUGUUUCUUAUGAUGUUGUUACCCUGUAUGAAGAAUGUAAAUUUAUUUAAAGAUAUGAGCUAUAUCAAAAGUGAUGGUCAAAGUGAAGGAUUGCCCUUUAGGGUGAUCAUUAUUUAAUGUUACUUUAGUCACAGGAAGCCUUCAUAAAGGCAGGACUUGCACUGGAUCAGCUCUCCACCAGGAAAAUAAAACGAGUGGACAGGAGGAGCUGCUAAUUUCAAUGUAACAAGUAUUUAAUUUCACUUUAUAAAUAUAUUCCACUUAAAGAAAAUCCGGUCUAUCUUCAAAACAUGACAGUUUCAUGGCAGAAGCAUUUCAGCAGCAUCCGCUGUGACAUUUCUGAGUUUUCUAAGUGCAGCCGAGUCCUCUACAUCUUUCCUUUACCUCUUGACUUUUUCCACUAAAGUCAAAGAAUAGUGAUUAGGAAAAGAUGGGAAGUCAGUUUUUUUUUUUUCUAGACGAUUCAACUGUAACCAUAUCUGCUGGAAAAAAGCUAAGGUGUACUGUGGUGACUUAAAUCAGCUGAAUUCUUAUUUCUGCCCAAAAAGGAUCUCUGGCAUAGGAGAAGCGUUGGGAAAUCCCUCCAUCUGUCCAUUUUCUUAACUGCUUAUUCAGUUCAGGGUUACAGGGGUGCUGGAGCCUGUCCGAGCUUUCACAGGGCUCGAAGCAAAGGUACACUCUGGACAGGUCGCCACUCUAUGGCUUAGAAAAUGGUGUUCAAAUUUUACAUUUAACAACUUAGUAUUACAGAUAUUGCUGUGAUGAAUGCAUUAUUUUUCAGAAUUUCAUUGUCACCUAAAAAUAUGAGACUAGUUCAACUUGUUAAAAAAAAAAAAAAAGAGUCAAGCUUGUAUAGUGGUGAGUUUUGUUUCUUGUUUUUUCUCAUCGCUUGUUGCAUGUAAAGAUAUUUAAUGUGGUUGCAUAACUGUUGCCAUUUUUGUGGGUGACAUAUAGGCUACUGUAAAUAGGCAAAUGUUGCUUCUACAUGUGUUUGAAAGCUUCUGUUAGUUUCAUGUUUAACAAACAGCAUUUCAGUAAAUGUCUGGUAAACAUUCUGGCUUCCAUUAAACAUAAGCUGUGCUACACAAAAGCAGACAGACCUGAUGCCUAAUGUGAUUGGGGGGGUGUAAAAACAAGUGUUAUAAAUGAAAAAAUAAUUUUAAAAGCAACUCGUAUUAUGUAGUACUGAAAUUGUAUGUAAUAUAUUUUCAAUGACUUUGGACAAUCAUGCCAAAAUGAAAGAUAUGUGCACUGCUUAAAAUAAAAA